GCAGCCGGCGCAUGCCCCAGGCAUGGCUGCGCCCGGGCAGACGCUGAGGAAGAGGAGGGGGGUGGAGGAAGCCCCCCACGCCCCCCAAGAGGAGGGGGAGCGGGCGCCCCUUGCCCGGCCCCCGCUUCGCCCGGGCACCUUCUGGCUGAGCAGGAUCGUGCUCCUGCGCUGCAUUGCGCUGCUCUACUUUGUUGCUUUUUUGGUGGCUUACCAUCAAAACAAGCAGCUGAUAGGGGAGAAGGGACUGCUACCAUGCAAACUGUACUUGCAGAACGUCAAACGGUAUUUCAAAGGGAAGAUUAACCUGGAUUCCUUGACCUAUGCUCCAACACUCAUCUGGUUCCUGGACUGGUCUGAUAUGGACAGCAACCUGGACUGCCUUGCUGGCUUUGGGUUGGGAGUUUCGGCUUAUGUGUUGGUCACUGGAUGUGCAAACAUGAUCCUUAUGGCCAUUCUGUGGAUUCUCUACCUCUCGUUGGUUAACGUUGGACAGAUCUGGUAUUCCUUUGGAUGGGAAUCUCAGCUUCUGGAAAUGGGGUUCUUAGGAAUAUUCCUGUGCCCGCUCUGGACUCUCUCCCGGUUACCUAACUACACUCCGCCUUCCCAAAUUGUCAUCUGGGGAUUUCGAUGGCUCAUUUUCAGAAUCAUGCUUGGAGCGGGGCUGAUUAAAAUCCGAGGUGAUCGCUGCUGGAGAGAGUUGACCUGUAUGGAUUAUCAUUAUGAGACCCAGCCAGUACCCAACCCACUAGCCUAUUACAUGCACCGGUCACCGUGGUGGUUCCACCAGUUUGAGACGUUAUGCAAUCACUUCAUCGAGCUAGUGGUGCCGUUUUUUAUCUUCAUGGGACGUCGCAUGUGCAUCAUUCACGGCAUUUUACAGAUUCUCUUCCAGGUGGUCUUAAUUAUCAGUGGGAACCUGAGCUUCCUCAACUGGUUAACCAUAGUGCCCAGCAUUGCCUGUUUUGAUGACACCUGCUUGGGAUUCCUAUUCAGUUCCAAAGAGGGAUGUGUGAAGGACCAGGUGUUGAAGAUACAAGCCAAAGAGGCAGCAGGACAGAGGCUUCCUUUGAGAUACGGCUGCUAUGUCCGCAAAGUGGUGAACGUCACAUUUGGACUCCUGAUCACCUAUCUCAGUAUACCUGUCGUUCUCAACCUGCUUAAUUCCAGACAAGUCAUGAACACCUCAUUCAACCCGCUCAGGAUAGUAAACACAUACGGCGCUUUUGGAAGUUGGGAAAAUCUCCUCCAUGAUCCUGCCUUGCCUUUCUGCUCUGGCAGGAGGAAAGUCAUAAGGAUGCCCCUGAAAAAGAGCCUUCUGCAUGAUAGCAUACAGGGUUCUGCGUUAAGCGAUCGGGCUACCUUACUGAGGUCAUACUAGCUAUCUCUGCAAGUGUCCACAUAGGCUAAUACUUAUCGCUGCUUUCAACCUCAUAGAACUUGUUUCUCUAUCUACCGGUUGAAAACUGGCUGGUUUUGUGGUAACACCAGAGGGGUAGGGAAGGAGAAGACCCUCAACAUAGCAUGUGCAAUCUGUUGUUGUUGCUUUGGUAUUACAAUAGUGUGCAGGGGCUGAUUGAUAAUGAGGCCCCAAUGUGCUAGGCUCGAGUAAGAGACAUUCCCUGCUUUGUAAUCUGAAUAGACAAGACAGAGAAAGGGAGAGGAAAGGGGUAUAAAUAGAAGCAGAGUGAUGGUUUGCAAACAACAUGUUAGUUCCCCAGUUUUUGUGCUUGCAGCCAGGUCGGCCUGUCACGGGAGAGAGUCUGUGGAGGUGCCUGCAGCACACCCACUGUGGGAUCUGCGUUCCUGCUAGUUCCUCUUGAUCAGUUAUUGAGCUGUUUAGAAUUUAAUCUGUAUCUCUUGAGGAUGUUGCGGGGAGGAUGUAGAACUGGAGGAAUGGAAAUUUGAUCAUUCUACCAGUUGUGUGCGCAAUUCUUACUGAAGUCAACAUGAGCUGUAGCCAGGCAGCUGAUGGAAGGACUAGGCCCAAGUCUUUUAACCCAGCUGGAGGGUCUGAGGUAACCUGGAUGAAACUGGCCAAUCUUUCAUAGUUAGACCUCUGCUUCUGCCAGCCGCAGGCCCAUAUUGUGCUGACCAUGAGAUGUUCUCUAGAGCAGGUUUCUCCACCCAUGGGUCUGGACCCAAAACUGGGUGACCAGAAUGUUUCAAAGGGUCGCAUGGCAGCUCCUGUCCCAUGGGCCGGGCUGGGCUCAUCUCCCUGGUCCAGGCACUGCGACCUCUGGGGUCCCCGCACCACUCAGGUUGGGCCCAGCCAUCGUGAUAAUGGGAGUCUGGGUAGGCCAAAUUUGAGUGAGUGGCACUGCAACUCCAUGAGCCAGGUCAUAGCUCCACUCACACAGAUUUGGUCCAGUAAGGGAGGCAGUAGGUUGCAGCGCCCAGGGUGGAGAGCCAAGCCCAGCUAGCCCCACAGCACAGGAACUGCAGGAGCCACCAAUGUGGGGUGAGUGCCGGUCAGGAUCCGACUGAAACCACCCCAGGGCCUCCAGCCCCAGACUGUGUAGGGGGUUGUGACAGGUCAUGAACAUUUACAAAUAGGUCCUGAGCCCAAAAGGGUUGAGAACCGCUGCUCUAGAGGACUGAGUCAAAGGAUGGAAAUGGCUCCUAUUGAUUUGAGUGGGUUGUGGAUCAUACCCCAGAAAAUAGCCAGCUCUUAUCAAAGGGGCAUUAUAAAAAGAGGGAUCUGACUGGCUGCUGAAGAUUCUGGCUCAGCAGGUACCCAGUGUAACUACCCAGGUGUGUUAUGUCCUUGUUACAAAAACGUAACUUUUGUAAAAGCCAUGUCAUGCCGUGAGCAGUAGAACUACGCAGCAAGCCCAUAGUCACACUAGGCUUUGAAGUGAUCUUUUACCCACCUUUCAAACAUGCAGAAAUUUCUAUUCAACCUCCGCAGAAAGGGAAGCUUUAAACAAACACGAUAAAAAACAAACCUCCGCGCUUUAAAACAGAGAUGUGUUUUGCGUGACACGUGGAAGUCCUGUUUUGGAGGUGGGUUGGAAGGGGCAGGGUAGGAGUGGUGAGAACAAAGUUGUAUUAAUCCCUGCACCUCUUAGAAUGGUGGAGUCUUGGGGUUAUGGGAGUUUGUUGUAUUUGGGUUGUUGUUUUUCUUUUUCCUCUUCAGCCUAAGAUUUUUGUUUCAACAGUUACCAGAACCGAAAGAGCAUGUGAUGAAAUGCUGCUGUAAUAUGUUUGUAAUUCCAGCCUAUGUAAACCAAUAAAAAGAGGAUUGCAGCUCAUAAUGAAUAUACGAUUAUGUGAAACUUGACAUAUUUUGAAUCACACAGUAGGAACCUACUUUUAUUAGUAAUUUGGUGUCCCUGAUUUACAAUGUGUUUCUAACCAUUGGGCAGCUAGCCACGGCUCAUAACUCAGCCGAAGGUAUAGUAUGGGCCUUGGCUGAAGAGUCCAGAAAUCUAUUAAAUGCAGGUAACAAUUAUAAGUUGAGAUGAAUGGCAGUCCAAGCAUCUGUCACUGGAAAUAAGCAAAGGGGGAGGGAAUGGCUGGUCUGAGCUUUCAGUUUCUUGGGUUGGUGGCGGAAAGACCAAGAGAGAAAGGAGUUAGAGGAGGAGUUUUGGACCAGUUGGAUAGCUAGAAUGAUGCUGUUCUGCAGACACCGUGGCAAACAAAGCGCUCCAUUGUAGAGCAGCGUCACUGACAGAUCUUUGGGAAAAAAGCCCUUGCGGAAUGGAUUUCGACAUAGGCUACCCGCUAUAGGUCUCCUUUUGUGGCGCGGUGCUUGCACUCUGCAUUGUCCGAUUGCCGUGCUGUUUGGAGGCUGGCAAAUCAUAAGACUUAGGUCUGUGUGUGACCUGCCGUAAGGCUUGGGUGGUUUUUAUAUGUCUAAUUAGCUACAGCCAACUUGUUUUCCUUUUCUGUUUCUCUUGGCUUCAGUUGUGAUGGCUCACGCCGCCCUCCCCUGCUCGGCUGCUGAGCAAUGGCUCCGUGAGACUUCUCCUCCAGCUGGGAUGGCGAAAUGCUUGGGCACUUUCAGACAGUUGUUAAUGGCACCCCAGGAGUAAUCUGCUAGGGGGUGCUCCAUAUGGGGUGGGUUGUAUACGCCAGCUGGCUGCCACAUUCUAGAGCAGACAUAACCAAUUAACCUGGAUGCACUGUAUGUGUAUCCUGCCCAUUGCCACAGCCGAGGCUCAGACUGGAACUCUAAUGCUCCAUGACCGGCAGCCCUCCUAAGUGAACCCGAACGAAGGGCUGUGCUGAGCUUGUCCCAGCUGGAAGCCUCUCUCCUGAUCCUGCAGAUGGAGUCACGUGAAAUUGCAUGUGCAAAUACCAGAGUCGGGGGGCGCCAUCAGGUCAGCCGCACGUGCAGAUUACACGCAUGCAUUUUUGCACGGGGGUCGUUAUGAAAAUCUGAAUUAGUAUGGAUCACUUUUGUGAUUGACCGAAUCUCCACUGUCCCACAUGAGUUGUGCAGUCACACAGCUAAGCCUUGCACACCAGGGGGUGUGCUGCCAUUAGCCUGUCAGAAUGGCUGAGAUAGAGGGAUGUGCUGGAAACCAAGUAGGGGGAGAGGCUGAUCUAAUGGUUAGGACACCAGUCUAAGAUUGAGAAACCUGGAAUGAAUUCCCUCCUCUGGCUUGUGUGACCAUGGGCAAGUCUCUGAGUCUCUGUGUGCCUCGAUUCUCCAUCCACAAAAUGGGGAUAGUAGCACUGCCCUACAUCACCUGAUGGCCCACAGGCCAGCUGCUGCCUGGGUUUCUUCACCCAGCGAGCUGUCCCCAGGACCUCCCCUUGUCCCUCCAGUCUGGGUUCCCACAGCUACUGUCUCCACCACCGUCUGAGUCCCGGCCUCCUGCUGGGCCCCCUCUGUCUGGGUCUCUCUCUCAGUAACUGGCUCGGUGACGGUCUGGGUCCCAGCCUCUUAUGGGGUCCCUUCCGUCCCAGUCACCACCUCCACCACAUUUGGUCCCACCAGGCCUACCGGCACUUCCUCCUGCCGCCCGUCAGUCCCUCUGAGGGGGCAGGGCCUCUUUAGAUGGCCUGGUUCCCAGCAGUCCCAGCAGGCUUCCCACCUCUGGACUGCCUGGGACUUCCUAUGGUUCAAUUGGGGUCCCGUCCCCUUGCCAGGACUGACGUGGACUUCUUGCUUUGGGCCUGGGCAUAUCCUCCAGUGGUUCUCAAACUUUUGUCCUGGUGACCCCUUUCACACAGCAAGUCUCU